GUGUUUGCUCAUAUGAUCCAGAUAUAAUUCCAGAUAAUGUCAUAGUAGGAGGCAUAAAAUAUAAUUUUCAAUCUGGAGAGAAUGUGACAUAUUUUUGUGACGAUGGGUAUACAUUAGUUGGGCAGUCGGUCAGUAAAUGCCUAAAUGGAAAUUUCCACUUUCCUGAGUGUCAUGCUAACUGUGCUCCGCUUUUGAUCGAUGGAGUACAAGCUACAGGGUCUUUCACACAUAACAGUACAGUGGAAUUUGCAUGUGAUACUGAUGGCUAUGAGUUGAUACCAAAUAUAGCUGUUGCUGCAGUGUGUAUGGACGGCAUGUAUAACGCACCUAUUCCUCGAGGCUGUACAG